AUGAGUAGUCGUCAAGUUCGGCUACGACGUCGUGAGGGAGCAGAGGAAGAAUCGCAGCAGCCCGGAAUGCCAUCAGAAUGCCUAUCCACUCCUCAGUCACUGAACCGAAGCAUUCCAUGUGUCUACGAAAGUAGUCAGUUCACUGCCCAAAGCUCAGCUUCAUUUAUUGAUAGUUUAACGGUAGCUGUCGAACCGACUUUAUCAAACCGCGCACGAACGGCUGUCGUUGGACCAAACACUGUGCAUCGAAGUGGUGAGGGAUCGUCUUAUGAUUAUGGGCCUAUCGAUAAAACCGGUUCGUGCAUUUCUUAUUAA